UUUUCCUCCUUAUACGUGAACCUGAGAUGUGAUUUGGUGGCACUGCAAACCUGUUAUUACUCUAUCAUUUUAUGCUAGUGCAGGCUGGAGAUGUGCAGAAAACAUUGCAGUUAUGUGACCUGUAAUGCUUGCCUGUUGAAUGUAUCCCAACAAUGAUUUAUUAAAUACACACUAUAAUUGAUUCCGUCAAUUGUCUUUUUCAUUUUAAUGAAACGUAAAGAGGAAUUUCAGUAACAAUAAGGAACACAAUUCCACGAGAUCUCCGUUUGUCACGUCAAUUGCAAACUGCAAUGUAGCUUGACAGCCGUCUUUUCCAACUCCUCCCCGACUGAGACUGGCUGACCGGGUUGUCUGUCUAUUCAGUUGUAGUCAGCCGAAGUCGAAAACGAACGCAGAGUGUAUCACUUAUGAAAACGCCGCAUUCGACAGGGACCCAGAGCCGCUCCUGAAGAACAUCACGACGAUAUAUAAUCGGAUUUGUGAAGCAACUGCGUAGGCAACGUGGCGGACAGUCGGAGCUCGCGUUGGCAGUGUUUUGCAAGCGUGUGGAAGGAAGCAGCGUCUCCGGGGUUGAAAUGACGCCACUCUCGGUCUUCACUUUUUAACCAGCUAAGGAUUUUUUUUUAAAUAUCUCGGAGAGAGGUUUUGUUUUGUGCGUUUCCUAGGUAGCACAGUGGUCUAGAGUUUAGCUUAUGUCUGUCAGUCGAUCUCAAGGCUAGACUGCAAAGGGUCUCAUAGUGUUUACAUGAAUGAAUUUAUGUUUCCAAAAGACUGGGGUAUUCCACAGAUUUUAACCUCCACUGCGCUGUGUAGGCUAGAACGGGCGAGAGUACACCCCCUGCUGUAGACUUCUGCCACAACCGGGCACUAAUUGGGCGCAAUGUCCCACGAAUUAAGAAAUAUCCGUCCAUCCAGAUUCCAAAAGGAGCACAGUUGAAAUGGCGAUUAUUGUUCGAAACUAUCGUUGAAUACAAACUAAAAUAACGCCAAGACUUCCAGUAAAUAACAAGAUGGACUAUCGGCGAAAGAAGAAACUCACAUAUUUUACAAUUGGAUUAAUCUUCCUCUUCAGUGGAAUUGAAUACGCGGUGAUCUUGCCCACCAUAUGGAGAUACCUUCAGACCAUGGGGGCAGAGCCCUACUUCCUGGGCCUGAGCCUGUCGGCCUUCAGCCUCAGUGGUCUUCUCUCCGGGCCGCUCUUCGGCUUCUGGUCGGACCGGAGUCACACCACCAAGAAGAUCAUUCUUUUCGCCAACCUGUUUGAGGUUGUUGGUAAUUUCAUGUACUUUAUGGGUUAUUCCAAAUGGUUACUGCUGGCCAGUCGUCUGAUUGCAGGGAUUGGAACGGGUGCCGGCUCGUCCAUCUUUGGCUUCCUGACGCGGAGCACGGCGCCAGAGGACCGCUCCACCGUGUUCGCCGCCGUCAUGGCAUGCCGACAGGCCGGACUGCUCAUUGGUCCAGCCUUCAACCUCUUCCUCAGGCUCUUUGACUUUCAGCUGGGUCCUUUCACGGUCAAUAAGUACACAUCGCCAGGGAUUUUCAUGUGCUUCAUGUGGAUCCUGCUCCAAUUUGCCGUGAUGCUGAUGUACUGGGACAUCCCCCCUCAGGACCUGACCAAUCACAGGGAGGCGAGUGCCGUGGUGGUGGAGGAGGAGGUAAACGAUGAUGAUGAUGGAGAGGAGGGUGAAGAUGAGGAGGGGAAGCCGCUGGUGGGGACCCAGGAGUCUCUGGGCUCUUACGGAACCCUUCCCAACGAGCCUGUGAGGGCGGUGGCCAACGGCAAAACUCCUCACGAGCAUCGCCCAGACUCCCCCGAGCCACAGCCGGAGAAAGGCAGCCCACUCAAGCUCCUGAGCGCCAGCAAAGAGUUCCUGAAGGAGGAGGUGGUGGUAUUACUGACUGCUCAGUUCAUCACGCUUUUCAACCAGACCGCACUUGAGACGAUGGUGACCCCUCUGACCCAGAAGUACUUCGGCUUUGGCGAGCUGGAGAACAGCAUCAUGUACUGUGUGUGUGGUGUGGUGGUGAUCCUGGGCUUCCUCUUCGUGCGCUGGCUCAGCAAGAGGGUGGAGGAGAGGGUGGUGCUCGCCGUGGGCCUCAUCGUCUGCAACAUAUCCUGCAUCUGGUGCCUCAUAUUUCUGGCCAACCCUGCAGGUAGCCUCCCGUGGCAGCUGACGGAGUUUAUUGUUGGAGUGUUCCUGCAGGUGCUUGGCCUUCCCUUUGUGGCGGUGUCCCAGGUGUCUCUCUUCUCCAAGGUCACUUCAGAAAAGACUCAAGGGUUUAGCCAAGGGGUGCGGCGCUCCGUGGGGGGGCUGGCCACCAUCCUGGGGCCCCUCUGGGCGGGGGGGCUGACCAACAACCUGUAUGUGAUGCUGGGGAUGAUGAUGGCUCUGCUGGUCCUACUCACAAUCAUGAUGUUUAUUUCGUAUGAGAAGCUGGUGGAGCCUCCUGUGGUUGAACACGCCGACAGCUACGAGGACUGAGCUGCUCGCAGGGUUUACAGGAAGUAUGAAGGGUUGUAGUAGUCGUGAGUCUAAGGUCUGUUUGGUCUUAAGGCUUUAGGAUCAGAAUGUGACGGGCUCACAGGUACUGGACCGCUCACACCUCAUCACCUGACCCUCACAGCUUCACCUCAGUGGACCGGGUCGACUGGACUUCACCUCAGCGGACCGGGCCGGCUGGACUUCUGCUAUGUUUCCUGUGGAAAUAAUGGGGGGAGGGCGGACGCCAUGUGUGAGCCAAAGAAAAGACUGCAAAGUGUGCAGUCAGUAGAAGCUGGAAUAUUUAUUCAUAUUUAUUCAGGCGUCGAUGUGAGGCACGUAUCCAGGGAAAUGCAACAGCUAAUGGUCCACGUUGUUGAAUAGCUUUUUUCAAACCCGCAAUACCCUUUGUUGACACGAGGGUGCUGACCUCCUGUGUGAUGUCCCACCUUGUAUACCACCUGUCUUCCUGUGUUACAAACCACUGCAACCACUGAGUGUAUUUUGGUUUAUUGCACUAACUGUUUUGACUCACUGCUUAUUAGUUUCAUGUGUCAGAAGAUGUUUAAAAAUGUCAAAAGGUAAAAAAGUGUCAUAUUUUUACUAGUUUUAGCUGAAUUUGGAUAUAUUCCAAAGUUAUUUAAGUUAUUUUAAUUUUUUAACAACACUGGAAUUGCAUUUUUGCUUAAGUGCUUAAUCAAUGGUUAUAUAUUUUGGAAUACUUGUUUAUUUAUUUGUAACUCCAUGACGUAUGCUGCGUAUUUAGUCGGUAAAACAUGUUUGUUCUACAAAGCAAUACAUCCCAAACAUAUUCUCAUCAAACAUAAUAAAAAACACGUUAUUGGUCCCGUGUUGCUUUUUCAGCUGCACUUUCACAAACAAAGUUUCUGUUUUGUUUGUUUUUGUUUCUGCAACUUAAUGUGGUAAACUGGUGUGUUGUCAUGCAACUUGCUUUUUUAAAUACUACUACUUUAAAAAAAAAAAUGAAUACACUAAAUACAAAAGCUGUGGAAUGUUCCAGCAUUCAAAUGCUGCUAUCUCAGCAAUGUGCAGAGGGAAUAAUUAAAGUUUUAUUAGGUAAUGUCACAAACCUUUUAUUUUUUUCCUUAAAAUGUCUGCUUUUUUCUAUUAUUUAAAUAACAUGUUUCCUGGAAAGACACAUUUUACAGAAAUAUAAAAUGGAUACUUGUAUUUAAUGUUUUGUAAAUACAAGAAUAAAGAAUAACAGUUUA